AUGCUCAUCCCCUGUGGUGCCACCACGGCUGCUUGCGCUGCUGCUUCCUUGACCGCAACCUCCCUUGCCCCCACCUCCUCCUUUGCCGUUGUUCUUGCUCUGCUUGCGGGGCUGGGUAGCGUUGAGGGAGGAGGAGGAGGGUUGGGAGGAGGCGAGGUUGACAAUGGGAGUGCGGAGUUUGACUUCAGUAUCAAUGAUCCACUGUUCAACGGAGGCGAGAUCAGCCAUGGGAUUGGCUUCGGUAAAGGCGUAAAGGCGGGAUUCAUAGUCUGGGGUGAGGUUAAAAAGGAGGCGGUGGAUUUGGAGGGGUUCGGAGAGGCCGGCUUGGCGGGCUUCGAGGCGAUCAGCUACCUCUCUCAUGCGUCCGACAUAGUCAACCGCUCCGUCACAGAUGACCGAGGCACGGAGUUCCCGAGCCUGGAAGCGGCGCAUGAGGGAGUCAGGGAGAGCACCAAGGAGAACGGUGCAGGCGCGGGUGUCAGCAGCUGUCCAUGCGAUAAGUUUUGGGGUGAAGGCAGCCAUGUCGUCUUUGUAUUUGGCGACGAUGGCGAGGUGAGCAUUGCGGCCAGCAAUCGCCUGGUCAUAGGCGUCAACUGCUGCAUCGUACUCGGCUUUGCGGAUAAGUGGUCACGGAGGAGAGCGGCGCGGGCGGUAGCGGCAGGUGAGGCCGCGGUUGGUGAGGCAGCGGCUGGCUGCGGCGGCGCUAACGCGGAGGCGGCGUCGAGGCGGUUGAGCGGCGCGGGCGGCGGCGGCGGCUGGCGAGGCCGCGGCUGCGCUGGCGCGGAGGCGACGUCGAGGCCGCGGAGGGAGCGGCGCGGGCGGCGGCGGCUGGCGAGGCCGCGGCUGCGCUGGCGCGGAGGCGGCGUCGAGGCCGCGGAGUGGCGCGGGCGGCGGCGGCUGGCGAGGCCGUGGCGAGGCGGGCGCGGAGGCGGCGUCGGGGCCGCGGAGGGGAGCGGCACGGGCGGCGGCGGCUGGCGAGGCCGCGGCUGCGCUGGCGCGGAGGCGGCGUUGAGGCCGCGGAGGGGAGCGGCGCGGGCGGCGGCGGCUAGCGAGGCCGCGGCUGCGCUGGCGCGGAGGCGGCGUCGAGGCCGCGGAGGGGAGCGGCGCGGGCGGCGGCGGCUGGCGAGGCCGCGGCUGCGCUGGCGCGGAGGCGGGGUCGAGGCUGCGGAGGGGAGCGGCGCGGGCGGCGGCGGCUGGCGAGGCCGCGGCUGCGCUGGCGCGGAGGCGGCGUCGAGGCCGCGGAGUGGCGCGGGCGGCAGCGGCUGGGAGGCCGCGGCGAAGCGGGCGCGGAGGCGGCGAGAAGGCCGCGGAAGGGAGUGGCGCGGGCCGCAGCGGCUAGGGAGGCCGAGGAGCUGUGGAGGGAAAGGGCGCUAA